ACCUUGCCAACAGCACUCAAGCCCCACUUCAAGCCGCCCUAUGCAGAUUCCCAUUGGCCAAUAGCCUAUUCAACAGGACAACUUUUGGAAGUUGCUGCUAUGCUGGGCAUUGUUACGGUACGACUCGCUGUAUGUGAUUUGAGCGCGCCAAACGUCCGCCCCAUUCCACCUGCACUGCUUUCCUUCCCCCCCCUAAUCUAUCUAUCUAUCGAUCUAUCCCCAUUCGACCCCGUCGCGCUUUUUUUUUACCGCUGCACGCGUCGUUUGCAUAUCACAGUGCUGCCCCCCGAUCGUUUCGCUGAAGACGUGCGUGCACUCGGUGGCCGAGCUCCUUGCGGAUCAAGAGCAUCAUUGACUGUUCUCCCUUCCGGACCACCGGCGGAUUAAAACACAAAACGCGCGCGCCUGCAACGUGGCCGUCGUUGGCGUCGCAAUCCCACCUGUGCUUUUUUUUUUGCCGUGUCGCUCG